AUGUCUCUGGCCGGCCUCACGCCCGCGGCGGGCGGGUCGUUCAGAGAGACCGAGCAGAAGACGUGGAUGGGGACCGAGCAACUUGUUCAAGUCGCUAAAUCAUUCAAAGUUAGGCAGAUUCUAGCUUGUCCUUAUCCUUAUAAACUAACUACUCCCUUUGGGGUCAUGGGUUGGAAUAUGUGUCCCGAUGUUGACAAUGAUAAACAACAGGUGGCUAUAAAGACAUCCAUCAAGGUUGACAAGCACAUGAAGAAGGAGUUCACCGAUGAGGUUAUAAUCCAAUCUGCAAUGAGGCACAAGAACAUUGUCAUGCUCCUAGGCUGCUGCUUAGAGCUGGAUGUUCCCAUGUUGGUGUAUGAGUUUGUAGCGAGAGGGAGUCUGUAUGAUGUUCUCUUCAAGUGCAGAGAUAGGAUUCUAGCGGGCACACGACUGAGGAUUGCUAUUGGGUCAGCCGAAGGCUUAACAUACAUGCAUUCAGCAGGGGAGAGUACAAUCCGUCAUGGUGAUGUUAAAUCUGCCAAUAUCCUUCUGGACGAAAAGUUCACCCCAAAAGUUUCAGACUUUGGGACAUCAAAGCUACUCGCAAGAGGAAAAGCCGAGAUGACAGAACAUGUCAUUGGGGACAUGAGCUACAUAGAUCCAGUAUAUAUGGAGCAAGGGAUCGUCACAUAGAAGAGCGAUGUCUACGGCUUCGGAGUUGUCCUCAUAGAGCUUAUCACAAGGAGGCCUGCAACAUAUGAUGCUAUGUUGCAAACUUUGUUGAAGCUUUGGUAGAAAAAAGAGCAAGAAGCUUUAUUGACAAUGAUAUUACAAGUGAGGCGGAUAUUAAUCUCUUGGAAAUGGUUGGCGGAGUCGCGGUGGAUUGUCUAAAACCCAAUCCAGAAGAACGACAAGACAUGAAACGAGUAGAGCACCGCCUCCUCGAGAUUCUUGCACAAUCUGAAGAUUAUAGUCAUGAGAGGAGCUUCCAGGGAGAUCUUAGUCCGGCACCGGAUGAUGUUGCUUUGCUUAAAGCGUCGGGAGAAUGAAGUAUCUAUCCUCUACCAAUAUUUUUACAUUUUCCACUCAAUUAUGUAAUGGUUUGAUUGCAUUGAGACAUCAAGACAUUAGACUAUGUACCAAUUUUAUUCAUGUGACAUUUUCCUUGGUGACAGGAAAUGUA